GCGUUUAUUCACAGUUUAGUUUCAUCAGUCGCGCUUGAGUUCUCUGUAACCCCCAAAACUAAAAUCAACAUGAAAUACUUUGCUGUUUUUGCGCUGCUCGUCUGCCUGUUGGGAACUGCUUUGGCGGAGCUUAAAAAUCCUGCCUGUGGUGAGACAUUCGGCCAAUUUGGAGCCUGCCGUGGCCGUAUUGAAAAAUGGACCUAUCGCAAGGAUACCAACGAAUGCAUCAAGUUCUGGUACACCGGCUGCCAAGGAAACAACAACCUAUUCGAGACCAAGAGCAUUUGCGAAACGACCUGCAAAAACUAAAAACCUUUUGAGAAUACCCCCAAAUAAAGUUACAACUUUGGUUUUGUUAUCCUAAUGUGA